AUGAGAAACUACACAGAACUAACAGAGUUCAUCCUCCUGGGAUUGUCAGAUGACCCGCAGCUUCAGGGAGUGAUCUUCGUCUUUCUGUUCAUCACCUACAUGCUCAGCAUCACUGGGAACCUGACCAUUAUCACCCUUACCCUGCUGGAUGCUCACCUCCAGACACCCAUGUAUUUCUUCCUCAGAAACUUCUCCUUAUUAGAGGUUUCAUCCACCACUGUUAGCAUACCCAAGUUCCUAAGCACUCUGAUUACAGGAGAUGAAACCAUUUCCUUUAAUGAUUGCAUUGCUCAGUUCUUUUUUUUCAUUCUGUUGGGAGUCACUGAAUUUUACCUUCUGGCUGCCAUGUCCUAUGACCGUUAUAUUGCCAUCUGCAAACCUCUGCAUUACAUGACCAUCAUGAACCCCAGAGUCUGCAUACUCCUUGUCUUCUCCUCAUGGCUGAUUUCAUUCUUAAUUGUAUUCCCUGCACUCAUGUUGCUCUUAAACCUUAAUUACUGUAGGUCUAAUAUUAUUGACCAUUUUACCUGUGAUUAUUUUCCCCUGCUGCAACUUUCUUGUUCAGACACAAAAUUCCUAGAGAUAAUGGGGUUUUCCUGUGCUGUGUUUACUUUAAUGUUCACUCUGGCAUUAAUAUUUCUAUCCUACAUAUAUAUCAUCAGAACAAUUUUAAGAAUUCCUUCUAAUAGUCAGAGGACAAAGGCCUUUUCCACCUGUUCAUCCCACAUG